AAUUAUAUGAUGAUACUGUGAACAACUGAUUUUACGCUUUGGAUGAUUUUAUGGUAUGUGAAUAUAUCUCAGUAAAAUUGCAUUUUAAAAAAAGGCACAGGGGCCAUUAUUUGUUAAAAACAAAGUGAUGCAGUACUUUUGGAAAAGUAGAAAUGGACAGUAAAUUAAGGGCUUAAGUUCACUGAUUCUUAACUUUUUUUGGAUCAUGGACUUUUUUGAGUACUUGCUAUAAAUCACAGAAUCCUCUUCCCAGAAAAAUACACAACUUCUUUUUGUUUUUGAAUGGGGCUCUCAUUCCCCCUGGAAUGAAUGAUCUCCAACUUCCCUUCCAUUUCUUAAAUUUUAGGAUACUGGGAUUCUAAAUCAUUAUAGCUUUUAUUUUUGCCUCCAGUAAUUAUAUACUAUUGUAUUGUGAUGUGGUCACAUAAUAAGCUGUUUGGAUCUCAUUCAAACAGACAUCACACAGAUGAUCUGUUCUUUUUAACGAAAAUUUUUGGGGUAAAGUAGGAAACUGUAAAUAAGUACUGCUAGGAAGCUUGUAUAAAGAACUGUGGCAGAAUAAGGUAAACAAACAGCAAGUCUCUAGCAGCUUUGAAUAGAAGGAGGAAAGAAAUUUCUAGCAAUCAGAGACACUCAGUGGGAGGACAUUGCCUCCUUGGAGGCAUCUGGAAAUAUGUGGAGAAAAUUUUGGUUGUCACAAAUGGGUGUGUGUGUGUGCUGAAAUUUAGUGGACAGGAGCCAGCAAUGCUAAAUGUCUUAGAGUGCUUAGGACACUUCCACACAACAAGGAAUUGUCCUGCUCAGAAUACCGAGGCAUUUGACAAACUCUGAUGAGUGAUUAUGAGAUGGGGGCUAGUGCAACUGAAAUAGCCUUUUAAAACUGAAGUUAUUUUGCUGCUUUAAAAAUACUGUUCUCAUAAAACAUCCUUUGCCCUUCAUUCCCUCUUGGAAAAAUUCACAAAUAGGAACAAAUGAUUUGCUGGAGAAAUUUGGAUUGCUGAAAACAUAUACUAAUUGUCUUCUAGUAGCUGUUUUAGAAUGGGGGGCAGUUUGCUGUGUCUACUGGGAGUUUGGGAAGGGAAGAUUCAGCUGUAGGUCUUGUACAGUGUAUAAGUUGGGCAUUUGAUUUUCCCUUUAAAACAUCUUUUUAUACCUUGAUCUAGUACUUUUAAAGAAAACUUCAAGGUGUUUGUACAUAUACUCACAUGGUUUUAUACUACUGUGUAGUUGCCUGACUUUAAGGUGUUUGUCAUGUACUCACAUGGUUUUAUACUAUUAUAUAGUUGCCUACUUACAUUGGUGUUACUACCUAGAGAAUAUAUUAUAGUCAAAAUGGUUCUCCAAUGUCUACUCAUCUUUUCAGUAAUCAAAUCCCCUUAAAAAAAGACCCAUAGGUUAAUAAAGAAGUCCUGGGGAGGUGGGGUGGAAUGGGGCUCAAGGCACAGAAUAAACCAUAAGUUUUGGGAUCAGUCAGAAAUGAGAUAAAAUUCCAUUUCCAAAACUGUAUAUCAUGUGACCAUAAGCAAGUUCUUAAAUCUCUUAACCUAGUAUCCUCAUCUGUAAAGUGAGGAUGAUAAUACCUACUUUUAGGAUUUUUUUUGAAUAUUAGAGAUACUAUAAUCUUAUCUUUUGAAGAUUAGAGUUCAAUAGUGAUGAUGAUGAUGAUGGAGAAUUCCAUAGCUAUCGAACACCCUGCUCAAAGUGAGCAGGACACAUGGCUUUCUGAUAUGCUGGACACCACAGCAAAGAAUGGUCUGCAAGGGCAGGUCAGGAGGAGAUGUUUUCUGGGGAUUUUCAGUUGGCAUUUAGACUGUUUUUUCCCAUGAAUCAGCUGUAAUAUAUAUUCAUUUCUCUAGUCCUCUAAGCUGUAGAGCUCAGUUCUGCCAUAGACUAAGUAAGUUUGUGAGGACUAGCUUGGGCAUAGAACCACCUCCUCCUACCCCCUGAAUGCUGGGCACAGAGCUUUGGGUGUGGCAGAGGCCCAGUAAAAAAGAACUGUUGUUUAAGUGUUUAUGACAUGGAACUGAUAGGCUAUGAAAAUUAUUAGCACUUACAAAUAUUCUCAUUUUUAUACUGAUUAUUUCUCAUGUUGGCACCCACUUUACACAUGGGUUUUGUUCCAAAAUUCAUUUGUAAGGUAGUUUGAAACGUGGAAACUCAGAGGAAAUCUAUUUUAAAUGAUUGGAUCUAGGCUUGCCUUCCAAAAGGUCUGUUUAACCCACUAUUGUUUGAUUCAAAAAGAGUUAAGCCGAUUUCGUUAAACAAGUAUGAAUAUGUGACGCUCUCCCUGUGGGCUAGGUAGGCACCUUUCUGGGUAUGUAGGCGCAGGGAGAGAUAUGAUGAUAAAUAAGACCUAUAUAAAAAGUUUAUUCUCCAUAAAGCAACUAUGCAUAUAAUCAUAAGAUAGCUAUUUUAAAUGUAUUAUGGUUGCAAAUAAACUACUCUGGGACUCAAAGGGAAGAUCAUGUAUGUACUAACUUGUAUAAAUGCCCAAGAAUAUUAUUGUGGGUCAGAAUAAAAGUAAGUUACAAAAAUACUCUGCAUAGCAUUUUCCCAUUUAAAAAAUGUUAGUAUUUGUAGAGAAGGUGUGAAAGAGGAUGGGGCAGUUUGAAAGGCUGACCACCAUGGUAAGAAUCAGGGCUUUGGAGCCAGACUGCAUGGAUUUGAAGCCAGCUCUGCCUCUUACUAGGGGUGUGAACUUGGUCAAGUGACUUAUCUUUUCUCUGCUUUAUUUGCCUCCACUGUAAAAGAGAUAUCAUAACUGCAAUUGCCUCGUAAGAUAUUGUGGGGUUAAAUGAGUUAUAUGGCAGAUGCUUAGAACAGCACAUAGAAAGCCUCAAAUGUUGUUAUUUGUCUUGCACAAGCACACACAAAGGAAAGAUCACUUUGGUUAGAGGAAUAAACAGAUACCUUGACUGGUUGUGCUAGCACAGGUCUGGGUUUUAGGAGUUGGGAGCCAUGUGGUCAGAACUCCUUUGAAUUUAGCCAUUAGGUUACUCAUUUUCUUAGCUUCCUUUCUGCUGCUUCUUCCAGCUUUCUCACAGUAGCUCCUAUGGCUGAAGCAAGGGGCAGGCCAGGCUGAGACAGGGGUGGGACACAGCCGUGGCCCCGGGGGAGACCUUGUCAGGUCUGGUUUUUAUGAUUGGGGAAUGUGUAGGUGAAUGGGUGAUGGUCUGCCCUUUGUAGAAUGCUUUUGUGCAUAAAUUCAUAUAUAAGCAUUACACAUUAAAACAGGUCAUUUAGCGCUCCUGUAGAGGUUGCCCUCAUUAGCAAAUCAUAUUUUAUUGUGAUAAACACAUUUUCAGUCAGAAGAUGUUGAUUUUGUGUGAUGUAUAAAAUACUCUGCUGUAACUGAUGGACUGAGGGGUCUAAGAAGAAACAGAAACAUGGGUUUUGAUCUUCCAGAUUCAAGAUAACCUGCUCUGCUUUUCUUUGAGGUUACAAGCUGCUUUUAUUAUCAUUCUAACCCUUACGUCUUUUGGGUCACGGAUUCUGUUCUAGUUAAUACCAGUGUAGCAAUUUAUAGUUUAUUACCUCAUGCACGUAAACAUACUUUUUAAACCUCGUCUUAGUCAGUUUAAACGGAUUAGUAUACAGACUUGUCAUUUCAUUAUUUGUCCUUUUAUGUUAAUUAGUAUCGAAAUCAGGAAAAUUGUACUAGACACACAUUGAUUUCUCUUUUCUUCUCUCUUGCAGGAUUUCUGGUAAAUCUUAUUUUAGGGCAAGGUGAGGUACUGUUGAAACGUCAAUCUGCUUUGAUUCACAGACAGUUGAGUUUUUCAGCUGGAAGCUGAUUUUGGCCGGUUUACUGAACUUAUGAAACCAUGGCGGAAGGAGAGACAGAGUCACCUGGGCCCAAACAGUGUGGCCCGUAUAUCUCAUCUGUCACCAGCCGGAAUGUGAACUUGAUGAUUCGAGGAGUCUUGCUGUUUCUGAUUGGAGUAUUUCUUGCAUUAGUAUUAAAUUUACUUCAGAUUCAGAGAAAUGUGACCCUCUUUCCACCCGAUGUGAUUGCAAGCAUCUUUUCUUCAGCGUGGUGGGUUCCACCGUGUUGUGGCACAGCUUCAGCUGUGAUUGGGUUAUUAUACCCCUGCAUUGACAGGCAUCUAGGAGAACCACAUAAAUUUAAAAGAGAGUGGUCCAGCGUCAUGCGGUGUGUAGCCGUUUUUGUUGGGAUAAAUCAUGCCAGUGCCAAAGUGGAUUUUGAUAACAACAUUCAGUUGUCUCUCACACUGGCUGCACUAUCCAUUGGACUGUGGUGGACUUUUGAUAGAUCUAGAAGCGGUUUUGGCCUUGGAGUAGGAAUUGCUUUCUUGGCAACCUUGGUCACUCAACUGCUAGUCUAUAAUGGUGUUUAUCAAUAUACAUCUCCAGAUUUUCUCUAUGUUCGUUCUUGGUUGCCCUGUAUAUUUUUUGCUGGAGGCAUAACAAUGGGAAACAUUGGUCGACAACUGGCAAUGUACGAAUGUAAAGUUAUCGCAGAAAAAUCUCAUCAGGAAUGAAGAAGGCAAAGUAUAUAUCUUUUGUACAGAAAAAAAAGACGAAAAGGGCAUGUAAAUGAUAGAUAUACCAACAAACUUUUGGACUGUAAAAUUGCCAGGAUGCAGUUUUUCUCUUGAUUGGUAUAUUUAUAUAUAUAUAUAACUGCAAUCUGUGAUUGCUUCAUCUGUAAAUCAGUUGCAAAUCUUUAUGUAUUUGACUUAAAUAACUGUAAAAUAUAUAUGCACUACAUUAAAAAAAUUUUGAUUAUUA